AUGUCUCUGGCCGCAACCCUUCGUCCCGGUCGGAUUUCAUUCAAUCGACAGUCCCAAUCAGAUGCGAAUCAGACCAUCCCUCUGCAGCACGAGACCAAUUAUCUCAACCUACAUCGGACACUACUACGGUUCCAGCAUCUCAUUCUCCUCACCCCAGCACCAUCCACUGAACCCAGCAGCGACCUCAGCCCUCUCCAAAAGCAGACGCAAGCAGAAUUAUGGUCCCCGUUGCCGUAUGGCCGAAACAAAUGGCUGCAAGAUAUCGAAGGAGCACGAACAUUACUCUUGCAAUUGGAACGCCAGGCGCAAGGCAUCCGUGUCGCGAGGAGGAAGCAUGAGGCGGUCAAGGAGCUGGCUGAAAAGCGUGCCAUAAUCAAGAGACUGAAGAACCGCGUAGAAGAAAUUGGACACGAGGUCGACUCGAUUGGCGAGGAGCACUCCCUACCAUCCUAUGGGGACGACCCAGGUGAAUCUCUAUACGACGUUCUUCAACAACAAAGGCGGUCCCAGAAUCGGCCUGCCGUGGAACAUGGUGACGUUGAUAUCGAGCCUGAAAAUGGCCGAAUCACGUCCCAAGUCGAAAAAGAAUCGCUCGACGAAAAAGGUCAACUGCCAAACAGUUCGAAGCAAGAAGACUUGUUCUCACCUGGCGAGGUUAGACAACGUGGUAGAAAGUCAAAGUCUUCAAAACAGGAAUCGUCGGCUGAAACAUCUGGGUUUUCCAGUCUGCCAUCGACAGAGAGGUCGCUACUAGACUCUGCGCGAGUUCACGAAGACAUCACCGCGUCACUCGUCAGCAUGGCUGCGCAACUCAAACAACAAAGCAACGCAAUGGCAUUUGCCCUAGACCAAGACAAAGGUCUUGUAGGCCGAGCAUUGGAGGGGCUCGAUAUCAGUGUUUCAGGGAUGGAAGCAGCAAGCAAAAACAUGGCGUUCCUGAGACGUAUGGGCGAAGAGCAAGGGUGGUUUGGUCGAUUGAAGCUUUACGGUAUGAUCUUUGCGAUGUGGGUGGCAGCCAUUCUCCUGGUCUUUGUAUGUCCCAAAUUGAGAUUCUAA